AUGAAGCAACCGUUCUUGGUGUUUAUUCUACUGUGGAUAGCGAACCUGCAGCGAAUCUUAGGUCAAUGUCCCAACAAUCCUUAUCGUACGUUUGAUGGAACCUGUAACAACCUGCAACUUCCAUCGUUGGGUGCGGCCAAUACAGUGUUUUCGCGAUUAAUACCUGCCAAGUACAGUGAUGGGCGAUCUACGCCGUCCUUCGCAAAGGAUGGAAGUGAUUUACCAAACGCUAGAAUGCUGUCAGUUAAGGUCUUCGAGGAGGGUGUACAGGAAAGUCCCGAGUUCUCGCUCGCUAACAUGCAGUUUGGACAAAUCAUUGCUCAUGAUAUGUCGUUCACGCGUGGAGUACUUGAUCCGUUACCCUGCUGUGCUAAUGGUCGUUUACAACCUGCGCGAGGACCUAGAUGUUUACCCAUCUCUGUGGCACCUAAUGAUCCCGCGUUCUCAAUCCGUGGUAUUGAGUGUUUGGAACUAAUCCGUACUCUGACCACCUGUGACACGAAUCCUUCCAACUGUACUCGGGCGGAACAGAUCAAUAGCGUUACUUACUUUUUAGAUUUGUCUGUGGUGUACGGAAACUCCGUUCAAGAGAGUGUCCAACUUCGAGAACCGAACACGGGCUUGUUGAAAGUUGAGCCGCGUAAUGGUCAGGAAUGGCCUCCAAGACAUCCGAAUGCAAGUGCUACCUGUACACUCAAAACCCCGGAAGAAGCUUGCUACCUUACCGGAGAUGGACGAUCGAAUCAGAGUCCACAUUUGGCAAUACUUCAGAUUACGUUCGCCCGAGAGCAUAAUCGUAUCGCUAAGCUCCUACGGACUUUUAAUGCCAAUUUAUCAGCAGAAGAAAUAUUCCAACGAGCCCGUAGCAUCAACAUUGCCCAGUAUCAGCACAUCGUGUACAACGAAUGGUUGCCAAAUUUCUUGGGCCGAGACUACAUGGUGGAGCAGCAACUGCUUUACACAGCGAGAACUCCUACAAAUGAUUACAGUCCAACUAUCGAUCCGUCUGCUAUUAAUUCCCACAGCAAUGCUGCGUUCCGCUUUUUCCAUUCCUCUAUACAGGGCAUACUCAGACUGUAUGAGGAAAGUCGACGAUCGCUGUACAAUGUUGACUUCAACGAUCACACCAACAAUCCUAAUAUCCUGGAAGAAGCGCCUGAUCGUUAUGUUGAGCUACUGCGCGGACUUACAACACAACCGAUGGGACUGCAUGACACCAGUUUCGAUCCGGCUACCAAACAUUUCCUCUUCCGCUUCAACAACAUGUUCGGCACGGAUCUUAAAUCGCUCGACAUUCAGCGUGCGCGCGAUCAUGGUCUGCCCGGAUACAACGACUUUGCGUUUUACUGCUACCGUCAACGUGCUACAACGUGGGAAGAUUACAACAAGGUGCUACUGCCCGAGGCGAUAGCGUUACUUAGCACAUACUACGAAUCAGUGGACGAUCUUGACCUCUCCGUUGGAUUGGCGUUCGAGAAGAAGAUCGACGGCACGGAAACCGGACUGGUGUUGCGAUGCAUUUUGAAGGAACAAUUCCACCGCACUAGGAAGGGUGAUCGUUUUUUCUAUGAAAAUGGAAACCAUCUAACAACCACGCAACUGGCGGAAAUACGCAAAGCGAGUAUGGCAAAAAUUUUAUGCGAAAAUUCCUUGCUUAACCGGGUACCUGAAAUGAAACAGAUUCAACCAUUCCCAUUCAAAUUGCCUUCCAACACGAACCCGCUCCGAUUAUGCACUUCAUAUACAUUACCUAAUUAUAGAGUGUUUGUGUGAAUGAUCAGAAUAAUUGUAGUUAUAACAGGAAAGUAAAGUUAAGAAACUAAUCUAGCAAUAGCACAUACAUGUUAGAGC